AUGUUCGGGAAAGCGGCGGCCGCGACGGCGGCGAGGUGGGCGGAGGGGUACCCGUGGAGGGAGAAGCUGGCCAAGUACAAGGGGGAGCUCGGGAAGGGGGUGUGGGGGUACUGGGAGCUCGGCGCGUGGAAGCCGCUCGGCAUCAGCGCCCGCAAGCGCGCCCGCCUCCGCAAGGAGGUGCUCCUCGCCGGCGAGGACUGGACCUACGACCCACCCCGCGGGGAGAUGCGCACCAAGCGCAAGGGCCACAAGUGCGACCGCAUCUCCGCCGAGAAGCGAGCAAAUACUGUUGAGCUGAUGAAGAAGAUGCCCCAGAUGCUGCUCGACUACAAGCUUAUGCAGGUAGAGGUGUACUUGGGCGACAGAAGCCCUUAA